AUGGGAGCACGAUGGUUCGUCGCUCGAGUCGCAAUCGGUGGCGGCCUCCGGGAUUCGACUAGAGUGAAGAAGGAGAAGGAUCGAUGCAGCGAGGCGGCUGUGACCUUGGACGAGAAAAAAGAGACGAAGAAGCGGGGCUGCUCAUCUUCAGUCUUGGAAGGAGUUGCGAAGGGAGGGUCUCCGGGGUCGGCGAGGCCGAAGCAACGACGACUGGAAAAAAUAGCGACGAAGUCGAGGUCUUCGUCUUCAACUGAUCAGGGAAGAACCAAAAUCGAAGAAGCAAACAGAGGUGGGGGAUCAGAGUUGCCCAAAAAGCUCCGUCGAGAGAGGGAGAGCCGGCAGCAAAGGGCUGCUACGGCGAUCUCUUUUCUUUUCUGGUUCGAUCGGCAUCAACUCACGAAGGAGGAGGAAGAACUUCGGUCCACUGCCUUUGUCUGA